AUGGACAAGAUCCUGGAGGCGGUCGUGACGUCGUCCUACCCGGCCAGCGUGAAGCAAGGGCUGGUGCGGCGCGUGCUGGAGGCGGCGCGGCAACCGCUGGAGCGGGAGCAGUGCCUGGCGCUGCUGGCGUUGGGCGCGCGGCUCUACGUGGGCGGCGCCGACGAGCUGCCGCGCCGCGUGGGCUGCCAGCUGCUGCACGUGGCCGGCCGCCACCACCCCGACGUCUUCGCCGAGUUCUUCAGCGCGCGCCGCGUGCUGCGCCUGUUGCAGGGCGGGGCUGGCCCGCCGGGCGCCCGGGCGCUGGCCUGCGUGCAGCUGGGCCUGCAGCUGCUGCCCGAGGGGCCUGCGGCCGACGAGGUGUUCGCACUGCUGCGGCGCGAGGUGCUGCGCGCCGUGUGUGAGCGUCCUGGGCCCGCGGCCUGCGCGCAGGUGGCCCGGCUGCUGGCGCGGCACCCGCGCUGCGUGCCCGACGGCCCGCACCGCCUGCUCUUCUGCCAGCAGCUGGUGCGCUGCCUCGGCCGCUUCCGCUGCCCCGCCGAGGGCGAGGAGGGCGCCGUGGAGUUCCUGGAGCAGGCGCAGCAGGUGAGCGGGCUCCUGGCCCAGCUGUGGCGUGCACAGCCCGCCGCCAUCUUGCCCUGCCUCAAAGAGCUGUUCGCCGUCAUCUCGUGCACAGAGGAGGAGCCGCCGUCUAGUGCCCUGGCCAGUGUGGUCCAGCACCUCCCAUUGGAAUUGAUGGACGGUGUUGUCCGGAACCUCAGCAAUGAUGACAGUGUGACGGACUCCCAGAUGCUGACUGCCAUCAGCAGGAUGAUCGACUGGGUGUCCUGGCCACUUGGGAAGAACAUUGACAAGUGGAUAAUUGCUCUGCUGAAGGGCCUGGCUGCUGUUAAGAAGUUCAGCAUCUUGAUUGAGGUUUCACUUGCCAAAAUCGAGAAGGUUUUCUCCAAACUGCUGUACCCUAUUGUCCGGGGAGCUGCCUUGUCUGUCCUCAAGUACAUGCUCCUGACUUUCCAGCACUCCCAUGAGGCCUUUCAUCUGCUCCUCCCUCACAUUCCCCCCAUGGUGGCCUCUUUGGUCAAGGAGGACUCCAACUCGGGGACUAGCUGCCUAGAGCAGCUGGCGGAGCUGGUCCAUUGCAUGGUGUUCCGGUUCCCGGGCUUCCCAGAUCUGUAUGAGCCCGUCAUGGAGGCCAUCAAGGACCUCCAUGUUCCCAAUGAGGACCGCAUCAAGCAGCUGCUGGGGCAGGAUGCUUGGACUUCACAGAAGAGUGAGCUGGCUGGCUUCUACCCCCGGCUCAUGGCCAAGUCAGACACGGGCAAGAUUGGUUUAAUCAAUCUGGGAAACACAUGCUACGUGAACAGCAUCCUUCAGGCUUUGUUUAUGGCUUCUGACUUCAGACACAGUGUGCUCCGUUUGACUGAGAACAACUCACAACCCUUGAUGACCAAGCUGCAGUGGCUCUUCGCCUUCCUGGAGCAUAGCCAGCGGCCCGCCAUUUCCCCAGAGAAUUUCCUCUCUGCAUCCUGGACUCCCUGGUUCAGCCCUGGCACCCAGCAGGACUGCUCAGAGUACCUGAAAUACCUACUGGAUCGGCUGCAUGAAGAGGAGAAAACUGGGACGAGGAUCUGCCAAAAGCUCAAGCAGUCCAGCCUGCCCUCUCCGCCUGAGGAGCCCCCUAGUCCAAGUUCAACCGCUGUGGAGAAAAUGUUUGGAGGCAAGAUCGUGAGUCGGAUAUGCUGUCUCUGCUGCCUCAAUGUCUCCUCCCGGGAGGAGGCCUUCACGGACCUCUCUCUUGCCUUUCCUCCGCCUGAGCGCUGUCGCCGCCGUCGUGUGGGCUCUGUGAUGCUCCCUGCAGAGGACAUCAGAAUCCGGGAGCUCCCACCAGUAGCCCAAGCCAAGGUCCCAAGCCCAAGAGUGGGUUCCCAGAGGCAAAGGAAACACUGUAUCACAGGGGACACACCCACUAUCGUCCUGGACAUUGAAGGCCUGGACUCCAAGGGAGCUGAGGGGGAGAGCAGUCGGGUGGAGGAGGAGGAGAGAGCAGAGGAGGACAAGAAAGAAGUGGAAAAAGAGGAGGAGGAGGAGAAGGAACGGACCCCAGAGGAGGAAGAGGAGAAAGAAAAAGAGGUGGAAGGGGAGGGGGAGAAGGAGAAGGAGACUGAGAAGGAGAAGGAGGAGGACAGCCUGAGCUUGGGGACCCCUCGGGAUGCUGCCGUCCCCUCUGAGAGGGAGCAGACGAGUGGCCCUGAGGGCUCCCGCUCUGUCCUGGACCUGGUCAACUACUUCCUGUCUCCCGAGCGGCUGACAGCAGAGAACCGCUACUACUGCGAGUCCUGUGCCUCCCUGCAGGACGCGGAGAAGGUGGUGGAGCUCAGCCAGGGGCCGCGCUACCUCAUCCUGACGCUGCUGCGCUUCUCCUUCGACCUGCGGACCAUGCGGCGCCGCAAGAUCCUGGACGACGUCGCCAUCCCCCUGCUGCUCCGCCUGCCGCUGGCUGGAGGCCGGGGCCAGGCCUAUGACCUCUGCAGUGUCGUGGUGCACUCCGGAGUGUCCUCAGAGAGCGGACACUACUACUGCUAUGCCCGGGAGGGCGCUGCCCGCCCCGCCCCUUCUCUGGGAACUGCUGACAGGCCGGAGCCCGAGAACCAGUGGUACUUGUUCAACGACACUCGGGUAUCCUUCUCCUCCUUCGAGUCCGUCAGCAACGUCACCUCCUUCUUCCCCAAGGACACAGCCUAUGUGCUUUUUUACCGACAGCGGCCUGAGGAGGGGUCCGAGGCAGAGCUGGGCUCUCCCAGAGUCCGGGCAGAGCCCACACUUUACAAGGACUUGAUGGAAGCCAUCUCUAAAGACAACAUCCUCUACCUGCAGGAGCAGGAGAAGGAGGCACGGAGCAGGGCAGCCUACAUCUCUGCACUCCCUGCAUCUCCGCACUGGGGGAGGGGCUUUGAUGAAGACAAGGAUGAGGACGAAGGCUCUCCAGGGGGUUGCAACCCUGCAGGUGGCAAUGGUGGUGACUUCCACAGACUGGUCUUCUAAUGUGAACCUGUUCCCACCCUGCUCCCACCUGUGGGACACCACAGCCAAACUUGGGGGGCCAUGACCUCUCCUGGGAGCCAGGUGGGAAGCCCAGAUUCCAGGCAGCAUAGCUCUGCCAGGUAGGGGUCUGAGGGAGGCUCUUCCCUGGGUGAGGAGGGAGAGCAAGCUUCGGGGACACCAGAUCUCAGCCUGGAGGGUAUACAGAGACUCAGAUGUGGAGAUGACACUCAAGACCCCUGAAUUGGGCCUUGGGCCCUGUCACUGGGAUCAGUCCCAUUACUAUUUUACACCCAAGUGUCCUGAUUAACUUGAAGCAACUUGGGCACACUCUAGGCUUUGCCUCCACCCUCUCCCCUGCAGGCUUCUUUAUUGGAACAUCAUCUGAUUAGGUGUGGGACCCUAGUUCUGAGAUUUUGCCUUUAAGUAGCAGUCCCCUUCCAGCACCAUUCAUGUAAGUCCUGCUCUAUAGUAUAAAAAGCACAGCCGGAUCCAAGUCCUUGCACAAAGGGGGUUAUGUGUCACCCCCCCUACCCCCCAUGCUCUUGUUUCUCCAAAGGGGAUGUAUGGGAUUCCUGUGCUGUCUGUACUGCUGUGAGGAGUAGGUGGGAAGCAGCACGGCACAGGAUCAGAGUCAGCAUCUCCUCUGGUCUGAGUUCGUCUUUGCCUGUCUCCCUCCCCUGCACCAAGCAAGGCUGUAGGGAGAGGGAGCCUCCUUACCUCGACAGCCUCUCCUCCCUAGCCUGCCUCAGUGCCUGAGAUGCCACCAUUAGCAUCCCCCUUCUGGUUAAGGUAGAGUCCUUUAUGCAGAGACUGAAGCCGUCGUCUCCUGAGGAAGCUGGCUGGCUGGCUCCUCUAAUUAGCUGGCCAUGAUGGCUGUGAGAGUGGCUGCCUGGAAACACAGAUGUUGACCUCAUUGUGCCCUCACACUGCUAUAUAGCCCCUCCAAAUGGAGCAGAGACCCAUUUCUCUAACAAAUAAAACUAGUUCUCUGAAGCCUUUUAAA